GGCCCCGCAGACUCUGCUCGUUGGCUGGGUCCCCGAGCGCACCGGGGGCGGUUGGAACCCGGCAUGGCCCGGAGCCAGCCGGCGCUGUGGCUGCCGUCGCUGCUGAUUCUAACGCUGGUGUCCUCUGCCCAAGUUUCCACUGAUUACCAGUACUUUGGCCAGCACGGGACAGGUGACACCUGGGAGCUGCUAGGGCUGCAACGACAAAAGGAAGCAGAGGAGGCUUUUCUGGGCCCGUGGGGAAAGUGGCGCUGUUUCUGCGAUCUGGGCAUACAGGAGCGGGACAGGGAGGUCGUCGGCAAAGCAUCCAACCCUGUGUUCCUGAGUCCCGAGGACCUGGUCCAGGUGAAGCCUUGCCAGCCACAGGAUUGUUCAUCUUGCAAACCGAUGGACUGCCACUAGAGGCCCUAGGCCUGGCCUUGGGAGAUGUAGCCCCAGCGGCUCGGGGGCGGGGCUUUCAAAACGACCCCGCCUCCCACUCUGCAAGCCACACCC